AUGUUUGUUCCCAACACGUACGGCCUGGUGUUCGCCUGCACCUGCGGUGUGAUCCUGGGCGUUGGACUGAGCGCCAACCUGCUGGUCUUCUCCUUGUUCGCCAAGUACAAGACGCUGCGUAAGAACCGCCUGGACAUCCUCCUGCUCAGCAUGUCCCUGGCGGACUUCCUCACCCUGCUGCUCAUCCCCUUCACCUUACACUCGGCCGUCAGCCACUCCUGGCCUCUGGGCGACGUCUCCUGUAAGGUCUACCAGUUCCUGUCGGCCUUCGGCUUGGCAGCCAGCACCUACUCGCUGUGCGCCGUGUCCGUGGCGAGGGCCAUGAUCAUCACUAAGCCCUACCAGCCUCCAGGCAUGGACCUGGUCAUCUUCAUGUUCGUUCUGGUCUGGGCUCUGAGCUUCCUCACCAGCCUGCCUCUCAGAAUGUUUGCCACCAAAGAGAGCCUGAGUCCCAGCCUGGUCAGCUUCACCUUCUGCCUUCCCACCAUCCACGAGCAUCACUACCAGGUGGUGCUGAGCCAGUUUGUGCUCUUCUACUUUGUGCCCAUGCUGGUCAUUGCCUUCAAUUACAUCCGCCUGGCUCUCUUUCUCCACAAGAGUCCCGUCAUGUCCGCAUCCAGCGCCAGGAAUACUCGGCGGGCCUCGGUCGUGGUCCUCUUGGCGGCGGCCACCUUCUCAGCGUGCUGGCUGCCAGGCUACGUGCUGGAGCUGUGCGUCUACUUGGGCUUCUACCGCCACGGACGGGCGUGGGAGCUCUUCUACUUCAUUUGCACGCUGCUCCAGUACCUGCACCCGUGCAUCAACCCAAUCCUCUACGUGCUGCUGUCCAAGCGCUACCGCCACAGGAGAGCACCGUGGCUCUUCAGCUGUCGUCGAAACCGGGUUCAGCCGCGGGUCGUCGCCUUGUUCGCCGAUAGUUCAGCUCACACUCCGUGA